CAACAAUUUUAAACUUUGAGUUUCUAUUAAAUUUCAAUCAUUUUAUAUUGCAAUGCAAAAAAAUGUUGCGGAAUUUCUUAAUGAACGUGAGAAUUUUCUAGGCCAUCUUCAAACGGACAUUAACAAUUACGAUCAAUCUAUUCAACAUUUAACUAAAGAAAAGGAAGAGCUAGAAAAACUAAUAUCGAACUUAAAAUCACUUAAAACCUAUCCAGAACAUGAAUCUUUGAUUCCUCUAGGUAAGAAUAUUUACAUGAAAGGACGAUUAGUACAUACAGGUGAAUUUUAUGUCAAAAGAAACGCUCAUCCUGACCCAAUGGUUAUUUUACAAACAUCAGACCAGGUUAUAGAAUCUCUAGAGAAUGAAUUUAAGUCAAAAGAAGAGGACAUAGAUAAAACUGAAUAUGCGAAAUUUCAAAUUGAAGAGAGGAUAAAAGUUUUAAAAGGCGAAGAUACUCUUCAAGCUACUGAUAAUGAUCUACCCAAAGAAAUUAAGUCUGAUAAAGGAGUUGCAAUAAGGAUGGGCGAUUAUUAUGAAAUAUUAGAAUAUGAAAAUUAAAAUUUGUAUAUUUUCGUUAAAUAAAUUUAUUAUAAUAAAGUC